UUCGUUGCCAGGGGCAGGUGGGUUUGUUUACUUCCGGGUCGGCAGGCGGCCGUAGGGGGGCGGAGAUGGCGCUGGAGCCCGAGUCCGAGCCCGACCCUGAGGAUGUGCCGGAUUCAGGAGCUGUUUUUACAUUUGGUAAAAGCAAAUUCUCAGACAAUGUGCCUAGCAAAUUCUGGCUGAAAAAUGACAAAGCUGUUGCAAUCAGUUGUGGGGAUGAACACACUGCACUCAUAACAGAAAAUGGCAAGUUGUAUGUCUUUGGGAGCAACAACUGGGGUCAGCUGGGCUUGGGAACAAAGAACACUGUGAACAAACCUACGUGUGUAAAAGCGCUGAAAUCAGAGAGAGUGAAACUUGCUGCCUGUGGGAGAAGUCAUACAUUGGUCUGGACAGAGCAAGGAAACACAUAUGCUGCUGGUGACAAUAGUGAAGGACAGUUGGGCCUGGGCACUAAUGAAGAAAGAACAGCAUUUCAACGUGUGGAGUAUUUCAGGGAUAAACAGAAGAUUAAACAGCUGUCUGCUGGGUCAAAUAUUUCAGCAGCCUUAACUGAGGAUGGGAAUCUCUUUAUGUGGGGUGAUAAUUCUGAGGGACAAAUCGGCCUUGAUUCUGAAAGCAGUGUCAGUCUACCGCACCAAGUAGAUGUGGGCAAGCCAGUCUCCUGGGUUUCCUGUGGAUAUUACCAUUCUGCUCUUGUAACAGGUGAUGGGCAGCUCUAUACAUUUGGAGAAUCUGAUAAUGGAAAACUCGGAUUAUCACUUGAUCAGCCAAUAAAUCAUCGGAUCCCACAGCCUGUCAAUAAUAUACCAGGAAAAGUCAUCCAAGUUUCUUGUGGGGGUGGUCACACUGUUGUUCUUACAGAGGAAGAUGUGUAUGCAUUUGGCUUUGGACAAUUUGGUCAAUUAGGACAUGGCACAUUCAUUUUUGAGUCUUCAUUGCCAAAGGUCAUUGAAAAUUUGAAGAAAAAAAAUACACAGUUUAUUUCAUGUGGGGAGAAUCAUACUGCAGUAGUGACAGGUAAUGGUCUUUUGUAUACCUUUGGUGAUGGGCGACAUGGCAAGUUGGGACUUGGGGAAGAGAAUUUUACCAAUCAAUUCAAACCUACGCUUUGUACCAGAUUUUUGAAGUUGGCGGUCAAAUCGGUUGCCUGUGGAGGAUGCCAUAUGCUUGUGCUUGCCACCCCCCGGCUAAAAGAUUCAGAAAAUGUUAUGAUUGAAAGUGAUGACUUAAACAAGAAUUAUUUAACUGAUACCUAUUCCAUGACAAUGGGUGAUUUAUCUACAGCUAGCACAUUCCAUCGAUCAUUAUCGGCACGUAUCAGGCGUCGAGAAAGGGAAAGAUCUCCAGAGCAGUUUGGUCAGAUGGUACAUAGAUUGCCUCCAAUUGGAACCAGUUUCGUAAAAUCUUUCCACACCGGCAGUAGGACAAUUCCUGGAGUGAAGGACAUUGAAAAAGAACUCAUUGCCUCAAAGCCAACUAUUAAUGUUCAGCUUUAUAAAGAAUCACCAUUAUCCAACACAGACAAUGAAAUCAGAGAUGUCCAGGAAAGCUUAAAUGAAGUGGAAUCUGAAGAGGAAAGUGAUAAAGGUCUUGGUGACACUAUAGAUCCAUUAAACAUGACACAUACAAUGAUGAUGAAUCCUAAAGACAAGACCCUGACCUUAUCACCUGUUCACAAGGAACGGGUAACAUCAGUUAAUAAAGAACAGUCAGAAUCAGAGGAAGAUGAAGAAGAUUUUCAGAAAAACGAGAUCAUGGAAAUCUCAGCAGAAAGUGAAGAUGCACGAAGUUUAGAAGGAAAUGAAGAUUCAGAAAAUUUAGAAGAAGAUGAAAAUUCAGAAAGUUUAGAAGAAAAUGAAGCUUCAGGAAGUUCAGAAGAAAAUGAAGAUUUGGAAAGUUUAGAAGAAAAUGAAGAUGCCGAUAGUAUAGGAGAAGUUGAAGAUACACAAAACUUGGGAGAAAAUGAAAAUGCAAGAAUUUCAGGAGAAAAUGAGGAUGCAAAAAUUUCAGGAGAAAAUGAUGCUAAAAACUCAGGAGAAGAUGAAGACGCAAAAAGGUCAGGAGGAAACAAUGAUGUAAAAAAUUCAGAAGAAAAUGAGGAUGCAAAAAAUUCAGGAGAUAAUGAAAGUGCUGAAGAUUCUGGAAAAAUUAAAAAUUUAAAAGGAAGCAAGUCAAAUGGUUUACUCAGUAGAACAAAAAAUCUGUCAUUUUUUAAGGGCAAUUCCACCAAGGAGGCUGAAGGAAAAAUACAGUGCAAGAAAACAAAGUCUGAGGAUUCAACCAAAGAAAACACAAAUGGAGACGAAACAUAUGUUUCAAAUAUGAACUGUUCAUCAGAGGGCAGUGGGGAUAACAUUUCCUCUAAUCAAAACAAAAAAUCAAUACAAAGUAACUUUAAAAGCAAAUAUAAAUCAGCUACUUGUGUGUUGGUGUGAGUACUCAACAAGAAAUGUAGUAGGUACUUCGAAGCAAUUUGGAAGAACAUUUUGCACUUUAAUCGUAUGGUGUUCCAAAACGGAGCUUUUCUACUUGUGUAAUCACGUGCCUAUGAAGCCAUCAGUGUUACUAAAAUCACUGUAUUUUGAAACCUGAAAAGGAAUAUUUGAAUCUAAGGGUAUGUUUUAUCCUUUCAGGGAUUCAAUAACAGUAAUUGUGUAAUGUUUCAAUAAAUGAUUGAUUCAGUAUAUUUUUGUAUGAAUAAGAUAUAGUUUGAAUGUUUCAGAACAGCGGCUUUAAUAGUGCUUUUCUAAUUUUGUGACCUGUUAUAAAAUGUCAAUUAUUUAUCUUAUACUCUUUUCAGUGUAAAUAACAAAGUACGGUUUGUUUCAUGUUUGACAUUUUUGUAAUCAGAAUAAUUUCUUAACUGUAGUUUAAAAUAUUAUGCUGAUGUUUGGUUUCAUAUAUUGAAUGGUAAAUCAUUGACAUUAAGUCAUGAAUAAGUCAGGAUUCUUCAUAAUUUUCAUUUCUUUUAACACAUCAAAAUACGAAAUAUGAUUUAAUUUGUAAAAUUCUAAAAGACUGAAUUAAUUGGUCAGAAUUUUCUUUACACAGUGAAACAAACGCAUUCUUACUAAUUUCAGUUUACUCUUUAAGUAUGCGGUUUUAAGAACAUUUGCAUUUGAAUUAUAAGGAUAAAAUUGAGUAAAAGAGGAAUAUUUUUUCUUUUUUACAGUGUUUCAGCUGAUUUGUUCUUUUUGCUACAGAUAAUUCUCCUACUUUUCAAGCAAGCAAUAAAAUCUGUGUAGGAUUCAAUAUAUAAAAGAAAAUACUGGGAAGUAAACACUGUUUAGUUCUAUAUUGUUUAUCAUAGAUGUAUUUGUAUGUUUGCAUGUGCAUUUCAAAUCCAAAUCACCAGUCCCUGGCCUUGUAUUUGUCUUAAUAUCAUGGCUGCUAUUAGUUUAAUUAAUAAAACUACAUUUUCUAUAACUGUGGGAAGAUUUUCAUCAGCUGUAUCUUCACCAUCUCCCCAGAAGUCGUUCCAUCUGCCAUAACCUGAAUCACUGUAUAACAAAGGACAAACCUGAAUGCAUUGGUAUAUGCACCAUCACCUGAUCCAGCAGAACUGUAACAAACCCUAAUGGGACUUGUCUAUGUUAAAUCAAUCCAUUUCCCUGUCAUCAUUUUAUGACCAACAGAGAAAACUCUACCGUUCAUUGUCUCCUUAAAAUUCUGUCUUCCUUCCAUCAUCUACUUCAUAACUUAACAGAAAGUCCAAGGAACUUAUUGACCAACUUGUCAAUAAGAGAAAACCUAUUCAGCAAACUUUCUCUGUUGCAGCACCUCAUUAUUUUGCUCACCAAACCUAAUCUUUCAUAGGAAUGGGCCGGCCUUCCCUUGUGUAACUGAUUCUAUCUCCUAUAAUUGUUUUUCUUUGAUCUUAUUAACAAGACAUACUACUUGAUCCUUCAGCUCUGAAAAAAAUUAUUCCGCCCCAGUAAUUACAAUACUUAUACUGAUUUGUAACCUAGUGGUCAUAGUUUACAAUAAAUUAUGAAAUUGAAUUCAAUACACUUAAUGUGGUAGCAACAAAAAACAUCAGAAAAAUAUAACAUUAAUUAAUAUGAAAUUAAAAAUUGCAGAUGCUGGAAAUCUGAUAUAAAAGAGCAGAACCUGCUACAAUCAAUCAGCUGAGUAGGCAGAAUCUAUGAAAACAGAAACAGUUAGUGUAACAUUUAGGUUGAAUACUUUUUCUCUAAUGGGUAAGGAGUGAAAAUAAGUUGCAGAGAAAGCGUGGGAGAGAUGGAUAAGAUAAAAGGAAUAUUUUUGAUUGAGUUCAAGGCCAGGGUUACCAUGAUGAUGUGUUAAUAAUGAAGCUAUUGGAUUGUAGUUUAACAAGGGCAAUCUGCAGCAGUGACCUUCCAAUUUCCUAUUCCUUUAGUUCUCCAUCUCACUCCCUGCCACUGUUCCCUCUAGGCUGCGCGUGUGUGUGGCUGUGCAGUAACUGAAAUGUUCCCGUGCACAUAGCCUUUGUUGCCGUGCAGCUGGAAUUUUCUUUUAUAUAAUGUUUUAUUAAAGUGCCAUGCAGUUUUCAGGCCAAAUAAAAAUUUCCUGCUCAGAGCAAUGGUGAUCCACACAGCUGUAAAAAAAAAUUAGAGGGAACGUUGCUCCCUAUUUCACCAUUUUGGUUGUUUUUGCGCUGUAAUAACAAUGUAAACUUGAAGAUUCCAUAUUUUUAUUUUCCAUGCUAAGAUUUUUUCUUCUUGUUACCUUUAUCUCAUCUCUUAUCAUUAUGGAUAGCCUUCCUCCUUUUCUGUGUUGCUUUUUUCUUCUAGAAGUAUCCUGGAAUCAUUAAUUCCCGAACAUAUAGGCAUUACAACUGUUUCUUUAUAAAUGCUGUAAAGCAUACUAAUUUCUUUCUAUUUAGAUCUUUAAAUCAUUUGCUUUGUUAUGAAUGUGUAUAUUCAGAUAAAAAGCCUUUAAUUCUGCCUCUUUCCUCCAGAUUUUCCUCUAACCAUCACUGUUUGUUUAUGCUAUCCAUAUGCAAUCCAAACAUAUUCAUAUGUUUGUAUAUGCUGUCCAUUCCUAGUACACUCUAAUUACCAUUUCACCAUUUUGCACAAAAUCUUUAAUUUUCUAAGUUUUUUCUCAGGAACAAGCUAUCCUGAAAUCCUAAUCUAACUAUUUAGUUUAAGAAUAUUUGUACAGUUAUUUUUAGUUUGCCAGGCCAUGGGUUCCAGCUCAAUUUAAGUGGAACUUCUCCCAACAGAAUCUUUUUCUACAGAACUGAUGUCAUUGGACUAUGAAUUGGCAUUUACGAGGUAUUCCCCUAUAACAAUGUUUUUCAAACAUGCAUUCAUCUUUCUGAUCUUAUUGCUACUACACUAAAUUUGCAUGUGGCUCACAUAGUAAUCCAGAGAUUAUUGUGUUUGCCAUUUGACUUAGAACCCAGCUGUCCAAAGUUCUUCAGGAUCAUAGUUCAAAAUUAUUUAUUUAAUCUUUUUCUAUUUAUUUGUUGUUCCCCAGAACACCAUUCUGAGGAGCCCCUAUCGUGAUGUCCUGGGAUAAAAUAAUUGCCUUCCAAAAACAACAACCUUUGUGAAUUAUGUGACCCUGACCAAUAGAUUAUUUCACCAGCUAAUAAUAUGCUGCUGGAGGAAUUCAGCCAGACACACAUCUAUGGAGGCAGAUGGAAGGUUGACAUUUCAGUUUGAGACCUUGCAUCAAGAAUCUGCUAGUCUUAAAGCAGGGUCUUGACCAAAACAUUGUCUAUCCCUUCGCCUCCACGGAUGUGCCUAACCUGUUUGAUCCCUCCAGCAUUUUAGUUUUAGAUUCAGAUAUUAGCAUCUGCAAGUUUGUUGUUUAUCCAGAAAAUGUUUCCCCCCAUAGGUUUUAACUUUCAGCCUUGCCAGGGUUUCUUGAUGUCAUAGUCAAAAUUUGACUUUAUGUCAAGUGCAGUUACUCUUAUUUCACCCCAGAAGUCAAAUCUUGUUUUUCUUGGGACCAAAGCUGUAAUGAGAUCUGGAGCUGAGCAUUUCUGGCAAACUCAGACUCAGUGAAGUGGCUAUUACUGAGUCAAUGCCAUUCUGAUUUCAAUGAUGCUCCUGUCACGUGCUAACAAUUGAUUAGUUCAAUCAAUCAGCCCUAAAAACCUGUUUCUUCAACCAAGCUUUAGAUCUCCCUUACUAACCAUUUCACAUUUUAUUAAUAUCCUUCUGUGAUAUAUCAAGAUAUCUUUCUAUGUUAAAGAACUUUAUAAAUGCAAGUUCAUAUCAGUAGUCUCAUAACAUGGUAAGGAAGCAUUGGGCCAUCAUUAUCAAAACUUCUAAUUA